AUGGCCUCCGCUCUGCUGGCCGGACAGGGCGGGGCGCACCACCACAGCUGGGGGGAGACGCGCGCCCCGCUCGGGCCCAUCCCGCCCAACCCUAGCCCCAGCCAGCCCCACCCGCGCGCCAACGGGUCCAAGUCCAAGUCCAAGCCGCGGGCGGCGGCGUCCUCCUCGCCGGCGGCCGGCUACGUGACGUUCCGCCCGUCCUCCCUGGGCCACCGCGAGGCCCGCGCGCUCCGGGACCGCCUCGCGGGGGAGCUGGGCCAGGUCCGCGCCCUCCUCUCCCGCAUCGACACCUGGCAGCAGCAGGGCCUGCUCCCCGCGCCGCCCGCGAAGCAGCAGCUCCGCGGCGAGAUGCGGAAGCGGUGCGGCCAGAUCCUCACAAGGCUGCGCAAGGACAAGCGGAGCGUGUGGUUCAACGCGCCCGUCGAGGUGGAGCGCCUCGGCCUCCACGACUACCACGCCGUCAUCAAGCGCCCCAUGGAUCUCGGCACCGUCAAGGAGGGCCUCGCCGCCGGGAGGUACGCCUCGCACGACGACUUCGCGGCCGACGUCCGCCUCACCUUCACCAACGCGCUGCGGUACAACCCCGUCGGCCACGAGGUCCACACGUUCGCCGGCGCCCUCCUCGCCUACUUCGAGAGGAUGUACAAGGAGGCGCUCGCUAAUUUCGAGGAAGAAGCAGGGAAUGCGAGGAUGCGGAAGCCCAAGGCGAGGGAGCCUAACAAGAGGGAGAUGAGCCUGGACGAGAAGAACAUGCUCAGGAUUGGGCUGGAGAGUCUGCCUGAAGAGAAGAUGCAUAAUGUGCUUCAGAUUGUGCGGAAGAGGAACAACAAUCCGGAGAUGCUUGGGGAUGAGAUCGAGCUUGAUAUUGAUGAGAUGGAUGUUGAGACACAGUGGGAGCUUGAUCGUUUCGUAACUAACUUCAACAAGGCGCUCAAGAAGUCUCAGCGUGCUGCGAUGAUGAAUGGUGGUGCUGCUGAUGUAACCAGUGCUGCUGUGGCUGAGGAUGACAUUGCACCUGUGGGCGAUGUGCCUGCAUUGGUUGACAAUGAUGACGCGGAGAGUGAGAAACCUGUGAAGAGCACUGCAAUGGCCGAGCAGGUGGAUGAGUAUGUUGAUAUUGGGGAUGAGAUGCCAACGGCCACUUACCAAUCCAUGGAGAUCGAGAAGGACGCUGAAGGUGCGACUGGCUCUGGUGGUUCUGGCAGUGGCUCUUCAUCGUCCAGUGGUUCUGAGUCGAGGAGCUCAGGGGACAGUGCCUCAGGAGCUGGCAAUGCUCAUUCUUUGGCUUAA